ACCAUGACAACGUCUAUACACACAAACACACUCGCACUAUUGUGAGAGAAGAGAGCAGUUGUUUUUAUCUUUUUGAAUACAAAGUUAUUUUUACGUUUUCAUACUGAUUAAUUUGAAUUAUUUACCACUUUAUCUGAAAACAAAAAAUGUCCGUUUCUCACAAAGUUGGGACAAUGAAAUCUAAACAGGCACCUAAUGUUAACAGCCACCAAAAGGCAGCUGUGGCAAAGGGUGUCAAAGCCAUUGGAAAGAAAAAGGACGAAGAGGAAGGGCUAGACACAGCCGAAGGAGAGGAAUGGAUGCAGGGGAAGACUCUCGUGAAGCCUCCAGACCAGCUGGACUUAACUGAGGCAGUGCGUAAACCUGGAGAGGACCUGUGGUUUGACUCUGCCUACAUUAUGUCAUAUUAUAGUGAUGCUGGAAUGAUUAUUUACACAUUUCUAUUUUUUGUCUUCAAGGAGCUGAAUGAAGAGAUUACCAGAGUACUAAAAGCAAGCAAUCCAAAUGCUCCACAAAACGUUGUCAGAUACAGUUUCAAAGAGGGCUGCUAUAAACCAAUUGUCUUUGUGGAUCAGAUGGCUAUUCACUUUGAACUAGAAGGGAAUCUUGUGCACAAGGAAUCUGAUGAAGGUCGGAGACUGAUGGCUAAACAAGCUGAAGUGGAUGAUGGUGGAGGUGUUGAGAGGCCAGACAAUGUGGCCAUCAAAGCUGCCAAGAGAGAGCAGAAACUCACCAACCAAUUCAACUUCAACGAGAGAGCCUCUCAGACACUAAACAAUGCUCCAAGAGACAUAAGUUGUCAAACUGAGCCUCCUCCUCGUGCAAACUUCUCAGCUACAGCCAAUCAGUGGGAGAUUUAUGACUUUUAUGUAGAGGAACUUCAAAGGCGGGAGAAAAGUAAAGAGAAGCACGAAGGCCAGUUCCUAAAUAAGGAGGAGGACAAGAGCAAGAAGAAGAUGAUUCAAGCUGAGACUCAGAAUGAUGACAUAUCCCAACUAGCUAAGGCGGUCAAGAUCAUUGAGCGUAUGGUGAAUCAAAAUAUAUUUGAUGACGUUGCACAAGAUUUCAUGUACUUUGAGGAUGCGUCCGAUGAAUUUAGAGGAGAGAAGGGCACUCUUCUCCCACUAUGGACGUUUCAGUAUGAUAAAGCCAAAAGUCUGUCUGUGACUGCCCUCUGCUGGAAUCACAAAUACAAUGAUUUGUUUGCUGUUGGUCUUGGUUCUCAUGAAUUUACUCAGCAGGGGGGUGGCAUGCUUCUCUUCUACACCCUGAAAAACCCAAGUUACCCAGAAUUCAUCUUUAACACGGCCUCAGGAGUAAUGUGUUUAGACAUCCAUGAACAUUUGUCCUACCUGGUGGCUGUGGGAUUGUAUGACGGCUGUGUCGCAGUGUACAACCUGAAGAAAAAGACUGAUCAGCCUAUUUAUAACAGCAGAGCCAGCUCCGGCAAACACACAAGUGCUGUGAUGCAGGUGAAGUGGCAGAAAGAUGAUUUGGACAGUAAUCACAACUUCAUCUCUGUGUCUGCUGAUGGACGACUGGUGUCUUGGACUCUGGUAAAGCAUGAACUAGUCUUCACAGAGAUUAUCAAGCUCCCAGUCAUUGACACAAUUCCGGAUGACUUGAAGGAUGUCAUUCCAACAGUUGGAACAUCUUUGGACUUCCACAAACAAAAGGACUACAGCUUUCUUGUUGGCACUGAGCAUGGAAAGAUUCACAAGGGCUCCAAAUACUAUUCUAGCAAGUUCCUGGAAAAAUAUGAUGCCCACUUCAUGAAUGUCACUCGUGUGAAGUGGAAUCCUUUUCAUCCUGAUGUCUUCAUCUCCUGUGGCUGGGACUGGAUGGUCAAAAUUUGGGAUCAAACUAUGAAGUCUCCUGUUUUCACCUUUGAACUGAAAACUUCAGUGACAGAUGUAGCCUGGGCUCCAUACUCCUCUACUGUCUUUGCUGCUGUCACCACUGAUGGAAAGGUCCAUGUGUUCGACCUCAACAUCAACAAAUAUGAGGCUCUCUGCCAGCAAAAAGUGGUGUCCAAGAAGACCAAGCUCUUCAACAUUGAAUUCAACCCUGUCCAUCCCAUCAUCAUCGUGGGCGAUGACCGCGGACAUGUCACCAGCCUCAAGCUCUCUCCCAACCUCCGCAAGAAACCUAAGGAGAAGAAGGGUCAGGAUUUGCCGAAGGGGCCGGAGGUGGAAAUAGCAAAGAUGGAGCAACUGUUGAGCUCAAUGAGGUAGCCUGGGAACAAUCAGAAGAACUGAGGCACAGUAAGACCAGGAAGACUGCAAAUACUAAAUUCACUACAAACACUAAAAUAUACAGUGGGUAUAAAAAGUCAGCACACCCCUGUUAAAAUCUUUUCCCAUCUUUAAUGUAAUAUUGAAACCAACAAAAUUUAUGUAACAGUAAACAGAAACUUUUAAGGAAAGAAGAAUGAAAAAUAAGACUUGAAAUAUCCUGGAUUCACAAGUAUUCACACCCCUCAGCUAAUAUUUGCUUUUUCCUUUUAGUACAGCAGCCAGUGUUUUUGAAUAAGCAUCUAUCACUUUAGUACAUCUUGAUUUGUCCAUUUUUUUUCUUUCUUGCAAAAGAGCCCCAUUUCAUUUCACA